AGGCUACAUCGGUAGAUAUGUUUGCAUCAUGGAGAAGUUGAAACUCGGUCAUUGGGACACAAAAUGUGAGGAUUUCUGUAUUUAACACCGUGCGUAUUUCAGACGGAUUAUUUUCUUGGAUAGAAUAUGAAUAGGUUAUAUCUUUAGUACUAUUAUAUGAGAUAAACAAUGGAUAUUAGUGAGGACAACGUUCAAAUGCUUCGGGACAUGGGGUUCCCGUGCGAAUCCGAAGUUAGGAGGGCACUCCGUAUGGCCAAAAACGACCUGAACGAGGCCGUUGCCAUCCUCGCAAAUGAUCACCCAUCUUCGUCAUACGACACACUAGAUGACGUUGAAAUGAAGGAUGUACACCGACGAAGUACACACACCCAGGUGUAUGGACCCCAUCUACCGCCCGCCUACGACGAGGUGGUCGAGUCUCAGGAGAGAGGAGAGACAAGCUAUCCAACAUCCACAUCAAUGGAGGACAGCAACAGUCUGGAGUUCCCUGUCACCAACCUGUAUGAGUUAGAGGGCAGGGUAUUCACAGAAAUGUGGAACAUCCCUUAUAAAAAGGAAGAAUCAUUGGGCAAAUGCCUGGUUGCAGCAUCCAAACUGGCUGAAGCAGGACUUUGUGAAAGCGAUGAACACUGUAAGCGAUUCUUGGACAGGUGUAUGCCAGAAGCGUUUCAGAAGCUCCUGACGUCUGCAGCAGUACACAAGUGGGGCAGUGAGAUCCAGGAGGGCAUAUUUGACAUGCUGCUGCUGCUCACAGACCUGGUAGUGGCACGCCUACAACAUGACCCUGUGCCAGUUGGGCUGCUGGAAGCACUUAAUUUGGCAUUCAACAGUGAGACCGAGUUUGAGCUAAAAAAUCGUGAUCGCCGAGACCGCACUUGCUGGGAAGAGAAGUUUGAAGGUGGUCAACCAGCAGCUAUAUCUCCAGCCAGCAAUUUCAAGGAUCCUUAUGGAUGGUUGACUCACCUGAUCAAUAAGUUUGCUAACUUAGGUGGGCUGGAUCUCAUUAAAAAAAGCCUGGAAAGAGAUGACCUUGAUGCUCCGACAAUGGCAGCUAUUCUCAAGCCAUUUGGAACGUGUGCAGAGUUCCUCAGUCAGAGUGUGGUUCAAAAGUUGUUUGCACCUGGAAUGGAGAAGGCAAUCAAGUAUAUACAGGGACUAGAAGAAAAGGAUUUUAAGGAAAAGAGAAUCGGCAGUGUAUCUGAUUUGCUGUCUUCCAUGAAGUUAUUGUGCAUCAGUGUGUGGCCACAUGAUGUUGACAACCUGGAUGAACUUCGUCUGGAUAUAGCUCUACGCAUGCUGCAGUCACCACACUUCAAUGCCAAGAUGAACUCCCUGAAAGAGGUCACCAAACUCAUAGAAGAUUCAAGUGGAACAAAAGUCAGCAAGACUGCUAUGCGCUCUGACAGAAUACUUGAAUGGCUGGUAGACUGCAAGAUUCUGUCUAUAGCACUGGAAGGUAACAUUGACCAAGCACAGUACUGUGAUAAGAUCAAGGGACUUGUUGAUUUCCUUGGCUCGAAGUUGUCUCUGGAUGAACUCACUAUGAUCUGGAAAAUGCAGAAUGGUCAGACAAACAAUGUGAUUGACAACAUUCACUCCAUCAUGGCAGCAGCUGCAGUGAAGUUUGAACCACAACAACUUGAACAUUUGUUUCGACUAAUACAAAAGAAAUGGCAGGAUGACAACGAUCGUAUCCGAGAAAAACUGUUGAGUCUCAUUGGAAAAAUUGGAAAAGAUGCACGUGUUGGAAAAACCACAACUCGGGUGCUGGAGCUGCUGUGGGACCUGGCCCAUCUACCAGCUUUAUCAACUCACCUCAUAGAGCAAGCACUGGAUGAACACCAUGCAAUACUAAGUGAUUCAUACAGUGUCAAGGAACAGAUCAAACUACAAUAUGUCAUCAAAUGUGUGGAUGAUAUUAAAAAGGGAGCGUUUGUCUUGCCAGCAUUACGGCAGCUCAUCAACAUCAGCAAGAAUAUCAUCAAGCAGAGCUUCCACAAGGCUGAUAAGGGCGUCAUACAUGAACUGAACAAGAACUGUGACGUCAUCAAGUUGGUGAGCAGCAGUUUAGUCAAGUGUCACAAGAAUGCAACUGCCUUGGUUGGUGAUGGUCAGCCACUUCAGGAAAACUCAGUGGUGGAUGGUAGAUAUACACAUGCUGAUUACAUGUCGACACACCUGUACUUCCUGCAGUACGUUCUCCAGGAGGGAGUUCUGUACCUGCCAUGGAGCAAGGCACGUGAUGUCUGGACCACCAUGGUAGCUAACCCACGGGCCUGUGACUGGGAGAGGGAAACAUGCUAUGAGUGGUUCAGUAAAGGGAUAACAGAUCUGGAGGCAGAAACACAAAACCAACUUUUCCAGAAAGAGAUUCUACGUCUUGAUCCAGCAAAACUAAGUGAAAAGGGAUUUACAUGUUUCAAGAAUUUCUUUGAGAGUGUCAAUCUGUAUGAGCACAAGUUGAAGCGAUCGGGUAAUGCUCUGGUUGUAGAGAAGUGUGAGCUACUAGGGCUGGAUUAUCUGUGGGAGAUUUGCCUCAACAUUCCUGAUGAAACUAUUGCUUCUCAAGCCAUCAGCCUGCUCCUCAACAUGGCAUAUGCAAACCUCAAUCCACGUUUUAAGAAGGACCCGGUUUCCAUUCACAAGAAGUUUAUUUCAGAGUGUUACAACAGACUAGAGAUGGCAAUGAUUGGCAUCGGUGGAAAUGUUGUUGCCCAGACAGUGUCAAAUGCAACCAAGUUACUAACUGCAGCAAUUGUACCAGAGGUUGCUAAUGUGCCACUUCCCUCCAAGUCUGUGAAGCUGCUGGCUAUUGAAAGACUGCUGUGGAUAGCAGAAGCUUAUGUGUUGUCUGUGGAGGAACUUCAUUGUGCACCCCGCAGUAUUCUACCACAUGGAGCAUCCUUCCAUGGCUACCAGAUGAACCUCUUGAUAACCUGUGAGGCCCUCAAGCAGGAGUUCACUACAGUAUGUCACAGUAAUGAGAGCCUUGGAUCAGUCAGGAUCAAGGUUGCAGAAUCACUCCUACAACAAGUUGAUCAUGUCCAAAUUGUAGCCAAUGACAAACCGCUUGGUGUGGCCAAAGACCAAAAGCUCCUUCAUCAGCUAGAGUUUGAGGACAAUCAAAUACUGCAGGUUCGCUUGUCUCAGUCCGGUGCCGGAUCCUCAGCCUCCUCCUCCUCAACCUCAACCUCCACUUCCUCCAGUGCCACACUCAUGAGGGAGAGCACUUCAACUCCAACAUCGAAACAAACCUUUGACCUUGAACAGGAGAAGAUGCUUCCAGGCUAUGUGAUGGCCCUUGGAGGUCAGGUGUUUGAGAUGUUGUACCAGCUGACAGAGCUCGAUGAAGCAAAGAUCACAAAACGGGUGAGAAAGCUGCUGAUGCUGAUCCCCACAGAUCCAGCAGUUGCUGAAUGCCUCGAUUCCAUCAGUCAGAAGAGUUUGAAGCCAUCCUCAUCCAAUGAUGAUGUAUCUACUGGGAAAUCUAGUCCUAGGAAAUCACCAAACCCAGCUGCCAACAGCGCCCGGCUUGCACCCAAAGAUGUGCUCAAAUCACUUUUUGAUGUGACUGGACCAGACAUGUCUGCAUUCCGAGUUCUUUACAAUCUUGAAGUUGUGAGCAGUAAACUGAUGCCAACUGGUGAUGAUAUUGGUACCCGCCUCAGCUCUCAAACAUUCUGUGAGGAUUUCCUGGCUGCUGGUGGUCUGUCACUGGUGGUCAAUGUCCUGCAGCCCGAAUCUCUUCCCGCAGAUAUCAACUAUGAGAUCAGGCAGGGCUGCUACUCUGUUUGCCUUCAGCUAGCAAGGUACUUGUUGUGUGGGGAGACAGUUAUAGGGGACCAGGGAGGAACCCUUGAAAAUGAAGUCACUCCAUCUCAGGGGGCCACUGCGCUUGCUACUGCCUCUCCUGCACACGGAUCUUCACAUUCUAUCCGGUCUACAGUUUCCAUGGGCAGUCAUGCAAUCAAGACUGUUGGAAGCCAGGAGUUCACUGAUACAGUGUCCUGCUUUAUGAAAGUCACAUGGGCAGCAGCUGCAGGGAGGCUGCAUUUGCUCAGUUACAAUCAUCCCAUCCGAGAAAGCAGGGAGAGCUACAGUUGUGGACAUCGGAGUAGACAGAGUAGCACAGGUAGUUCUGCCAGUACAAACAGCGACAGUGACUGUCAGAGCCUGCAUGCUGGCGUGUGUUCUCACCACAUUAACAUACCAACCAAAGAUACAAACAUUGCCAAAGAAGCUUUGGAGAUUCUGGUUACAUGUCUUCAGAAACGGCCUGAAUUUACAGCCUCUUUCUAUUCCCUGUCAUGUGUUAGUGACUUUGUCAUUGACCUGCUGGUGGGGUGUUCACAAAGUGAUAUCCGUAAUGCAGCCCUGGAACAGUUCUACCUCACCAGCCAGGUGGAGAUACCCCUGCCACCAGACUCCACCCUCCAGCCUCCUCAUCAGUUCAUGCUGCAGCUUCUCUUGCGGGCUUACCUCCCCUUCUGGGUGACCUCCUCCAACACCAGGGGAUCCAGUCAGAAAUUAUUGAACCAGUGCUCUCAAUACUUUGAUCUCAGGUGUCGACUGCUGGAAGGUCUCUCUGCGAGUGAUCAGAACUGUCUCCAUGUGGAUGUUGCAUCUAUGCUUGAAGAUGAAAUUGCAUGGCUAAAUAACUUUGUUCCGUCCAAAAACCCUGAACUGCACCAGACAGACAAUACACUACUUGGAGGGCACCUGAAACUGAUCAAGACACUACUCACUUGUGAGGGAGUGCAGAAGAAGGAUAUAGGAAACACUCUUGUGGGAGAUCUGCUUCAUGACUUUCUCUUCCCUGCAUCUAAGCUGAUGAUGGACAGUCUGAACCAGUCAAACACAGAGAUGUCACUGGCAGAAUUCAACCCCAAAUGUUCCAACUCUGAAUCCCGUGUUGCUGCUUAUCAACUGCUGACAGAGCUAGCCAAUCAGAGCCCUACCAAUCUGAAGAAUGUGUGUAAACAGUUGUUACAGAUGCACCAUCAGCCUAACCUGGAUUGUGCUAACGAAUGGGAGUACAUGCCACCUGUCGAUGGGAGAGCAGUGUGUGGCUAUGUGGGGCUGAAGAAUGCAGGAGCAACAUGCUACAUGAACUCAGUGCUUCAGCAGCUCUACAUGAUCCCUGGGGUACCAGAAGCUGUACUAGGUGUGGAAGAAGAGAAUCCAGAUGAUGAAAGUGUUUUCUACCAGAUGCAGCAGAUAUUUGGUCACAUGAUGGAAAGUCGUCUGCAGUAUCACGAACCUGAGAAAUUCUGGAGUGUGUUUAAACUGUGGGGUCAGACUAUCAAUGUGCGAGAACAACAGGAUGCCUUUGAUUUCUUCCAGGCUAUCAUUGACCAGGUUGAUGAACAUAUGAAAAAAACUGGAAAAGAUGAGAUAUUCAAAAAGAAGUUCCAGGGCAUAUUUUCUGAUCAGAAGAUUUGUAAAGACUGUCCACAUCGGUAUGAAAGAGAAGAGGCUUUCAUUGCACUAAACUUGACUGUAAAAAAUGAUACAUUACAAGACUCACUGGACCAGUUUGUAAAGGGAGAGCUUCUAGAAGGUGACAAUGCAUACUACUGUGAAAAAUGUGGUGAAAAGAGGAACACCAUCAAGCGUAUGUGCAUCAAAACACUGCCUCCAUUGCUUUGUAUUCAACUCAAGAGGUUUGGCUAUGACUGGGAGACAAAUAGAGCUCUCAAGUUUGACGACCACUUCCGUUUUCCAUGGGUGUUGGACAUGGAGCCGUACACCGCAGAUGGCAUGGCCAGGCGAGAAGCUGAGAAGGUCAACAACAACAGUGACACUGACACAACAGAAAAGUUGAAUGGUGACAUCUCAAAUAGCAGUGGGAGCAUGUCUGAAGUGACAACUGACUGCACUCCCUGUCAGCAGAAGCAGAUCAACUAUGAGCUGGUCGGGGUAGUGGUGCAUAGUGGACAGGCUAAUGCUGGCCAUUACUACUCCUUCAUCAGAGACAGAAGAGGCACAGUGCUUACCAAUGGCAAUAAGGGAAAGUGGUUCAAGUUCAAUGACACUAUUGUAGAGGAGUUCUAUAUGAAUGACAGCAGUCUUGAGCAGGAAUGUUUUGGGGGCAGUUACAAGGCCAAAGUCUAUGACCAGUCAAGCUCCUCGUAUCCUGAAGACCGAUUACGCUACUGGAAUGGCUACUUGUUGUUCUAUGAAAGAAUGGAGGAACCUGCAACGCCAGCCACGGCAAAGAAGAGCAAGAUCGUCAAGAAAGUGCUCACAGAUGGAGGGAAGAGCUGCAUGGACUCCAACAGCCUGAUGGAACUGACUGAACUUGUCCACAAGGGAGAGAGAAAGGGCAUAUUUGUUGACAAGAUGCCAGCCAGUAUACAGCAGAUCAUACAUGCUGAAAAUGUAACCUUCGUCAAGAACAGGGAUGUGUACAACCAUGAGUAUUUCUCAUUUGUGAAGAAUCUGGUUUCAGUGAAUGCAGAAGAAGGGCAUAAUGUUGACUAUGGUGUGAUGUGUGUACAGUCUCUUCAGCUUGGAGUCCGCUUUCUAUUCAACACAUAUCUGAGGAAUCGCCGGAAAACAGUUCAAGAGUUGGAUAAGUGGGUGGAGCUUGUGGAAACACUGCUGAUGAAGUCAAAGGAUACAUGUCUCUGGUUGGUUGAAUAUCUCUCCAGCAAGGAGGGACAAGAGUUCAUCAAGCCAUUCUUGUUGGAGUGUCCAAAUAGAGAUGUCCGAACCUUUAUGGCCAAGCUUUUGGAUCGAAUUAUCUCCAGCUUCUUCUACCAUGGGGGUGUAGCGACACACAAGAAUUUUGACUGUGUCAUAGAACACUUGCUGGUUAUGUUGGAGAAAGAUGUUGUAGACCAUGUCAAGAACUGCUUCCAGUACUUUACCGUCAUCCGCAACUAUGUCCAGAUGGGCACUAAAGCCUGUUCUCACAUGAAUGGUCGCCAGGGCUUCUAUCGUCUCAUCACAUUUCUCCUGGGUCAGCCAGUCACUUCUGGUGACAGUCAGGAUUGUUCAAGUCGAAGAUGGAGUUCUAUCCAGUCUAGAGAAUUUGUUAAUCUCCACGUAGCCCUAGCUGUCCUUAUUGCCAACUGUGAGGUGUCAAGUUAUAGAACAGAAGAUAGUGGUGAAUUUCCUGUCAUGAAGCCAAAAACAGUAUUUCCAAAUGUCUUUCUCAAGAUGUCAGCAGAAAUGGAAAAAUAUGUGUUUGGAACAGACUCUUUUCGCUAUCUACGUGAGGUUGUUCAGGCAGUGAGAGAACUGAUUGUGAGCAAUGCCACUAUCACAGACAUGCUGCUGUACUGUAGCUUCUGUAACAAAACCUUCAGCCUCAACCUCGUCAAACACUUAAUGUCACAGUAUCUGAACACACCAUCCAAUGAACUGAAGCCUAUAUUCACACUUCUAACUGAAGUUUUGGUGAUAGAGGAUUCACUUCAACUGACACGCCUCAAGUGGGUGAUUGAUGGGCACACUGAUGAAUCUGGCCACAAGUAUGAAGGGCUCAUAGCAAUAAUCCGACUGAACCAUGUGUGUGACAGUCGACGUUCCUACCAGUGUAUCAAGUUCCUGGUGGGAGUCAGCAAUCGGUGUAGUAUUGCCAAGGAUUAUCUACUAAGCACACCCAGUAAGUGGCAAUGGGCAGUCAACUGGCUCAAGAAGAAGAUGACUGAACAUUACUGGAGCACUACAAGUUCAGCUGGGCUGUCCAAUGAAGACUCCAACAGGAAAUCUUUCCAGCGAACACAGAGUGCCCAGUACACACUGCAGGAGGCAACAGCAUUGCUGACAGAGUUGGAGAACAGUGACAGCCCUGGUCUUGAUGUCAUCAUGACCCCUGCAGAUAGGACAGAUCCUGCUGUACCUGGCCCAAGUAUGGACACAACAGGACAUGACAUUAGUGAACCUAAUGUUGAUAAGGAGGACAGUAAUACGUCAACAUCACAAACAAGCUGAUGAAAGGAUGUGCAGUCAUCGGUAACCCAGUGUGCUCACAUGAUGGGAUCUUGGUGGUCUGUAAUGUAGAUGUCCACAUGUUUCAAUAAGACAUCUGAUGUUCAUACCCAUAUUUCUCUGCCACAGAGUGUGAGGGAGUGUUGUGUGUUGACCGGUGCCUUACUCCUCCCACCUACUGCAGUUGACGUACCUGUCGGAUGUCAGCCUGUCUGUAUAUCUUGUGUGUAACUUGGCAGCAGCCCACAAUGGACCAUGCCAUGCAAUUCACAUCAAACCUUUGUCUCUGGGAAAACAUCACCAACUUACAAACUGCUAACCUAAUGCUUUAUGCAUUUGGGGACAUUUUGUGUAGAAACUCGAUGUUAUAUAUUAUGUAUGUUGUACAUGUUGGAAGGAGGACAGAUUUGGGAAAGUUGUUUAAGUUAAUGCUGUUAGAUAGCUCAGAUGCAGUAUAAAAUUAAUAUAAAACUCAUAUAAGUCUUAAUUCCUGAAGUUCAGGUUGUGUAACAGAUCUACAAGUUUUCCAUUCAACAAGAACUUUUCAGACUGUUACAGUUCCAGUCAAUAAACAACAUCUCUGAUCAGCACAUUUUACCUAGAAACUCUACAUUGUGCAUAUAGGUAAAAGAGCAAGUCUUUUUAAAGAUGACAUAAUUUUCAAACUCAAAAUUGUGUUUUAUGGUUGUGUUUUUUAAAGUGAGUUGGGGAUGUCGCGGGAAGUAAGGGUACAUAAGUGACAUUGUAACCUAGCUCUCGGAAUGCAGGGGUUAACCAGUUCAUCAGUGUCAGGAGUUGCGUUUGUGUGCAUGGCCUGCAUGGUAGAUGUUUGAAUGUCCUGUACUAUGCACUAACCAGUGCUAUCUUUCAAAAGUGGAAAGACUAACGGGAUCGGGUGAUCAGACUUGCUGACUUGGUUGACAUAUGUCAUCCGUUCCCAAAGGCACAGAUUGAUGCUCAUGCUUUUGAUCACUGGAUUGUCUGGUCAAGACUAUUAUGUGCAGACCGCCGUCAUAUAGCUGGAAUAUUGCUGAGUGUGGCAUAAAACUAAACUCACUCACUCCCUCAAAAGUGGAAAACUCUUACACAUCUCCUAUUACAUUGAAAAACAUUACACAUUAGUGAAAUCCCUUUCCAUAGCUUACAAAAAGGAAAAGCAAGUAACUUACCCUGUUGAAUACCCCAUAUGAUAAAAUAACACCAAAUCUGAAUUUGCCCGAGGUGAGCCAUGUGAGCCUCCAAUAAGUACCUUUCAUAUGAUCUUUGAUUAUCUGGCCUCCUGUGGAACUUAACCCCAAUUUUAUGGUAAUCUUUGAUAUUUAACCAUGCUUGGACUGAGAUUAGGCAUUUGUUGUAUUAUUACUUGGUUUACAAACUCCCAUAUAUGUGGAAUAAAUUAAGAACUUUUCUUGUUCAUGUCUAUUGAUAUAUUUCACUUAACCAAGGAGUUAUGCAAGCAUGGUCUUUGAGGCCAGUAACUCAAAUAGUGAAAGUGACACUGUGAAUAAUAACUUGAGCCAUUUGGGGGUCUUUUGCUGAAAAAACUAGCCAUGUACUUUAUGUAAGUGUUUUGCGAUUUUAUUUGUAUUUUAUUGCAACCACAAAACUGUUUUGUUCAGAAAGUAACUUUGUAAGCUGAACAAAAAGGCUUUGCAACCUAUCUUGCUCUAAAAGAGACACUAAUAAGUUCCUUUCCCAUGGCUAGAUACUGUUCCCUUCUCAUGGUUUUAUGUAGGUCCCUCCUUACGACUUGAUGGUGGUCGUGAGUCAUGGCUAGAUCCAGUUCCCUACUCAUGGCUAGUUAAAGUUCCCAACACAUGGAAAGAUGCUGUACCCAACUCAUGGCUAGUUACAGUUCCCAACACAUGGAAAGAUGCAGUUCCCUACACAUGGAGAGAUGCAGUACCCUACACAUGGCUAGUUACAGUUCCCAACACAUAGAAAGAUGCAGUUCUCUACUCAUGGCUAGUUACAGUGCAGUACCCUACACAUGGCUAGUUACAAUGCAGUACCCUACACAUGGCUAGUUACAGUUCCCAACACAUGGAAAGAUGCAGUUCUCUACCAUGGCUAGUUACAAUGCAGUUCUCUACUCAUGGCUAGUUACAGUUCCCUACACGUGGAGAGAUGCAGUACCCUACACAUGGCUAGUUACAGUUCCCAACACAUGGAGAGAUGCAGUACCCUACACAUGGCUAGUUACAGUUCCCAACACAUGGAAAGAUGCAGUUCUCUACUCAUGGCUAGUUACAGUUCCCUACAUGUGGAGAGAUGCAGUACCCUACACAUGGCUAGUUACAGUUCCCAACACAUGGAAAGAUGCAGUUCCCUACACAUGGCUGGAUGCAGUUCCCUACCUAUGUCUAUUCAAUCAGUUUACAUUUGAUGUUUUCAUGCACUAGCAAAUAAAAGAGUUGAUUUUGACUACAAUUGAAUGAGCCCAUGAGUUUUCAUACAAAGUAUGUAAAAAAUGUUGUCAUUGUGCACAUAUGAGCAAUUGUGAAACAAACAUGGGUUAUGACAGGGCUGCAGAUUUUUAAGUGAUUUAUGGUUGAUUAUGUAUUUUCCUGUUUCCAGACACAUUUGUCCAGAUGUACAAUGGGUUGAGUUUUUAACAAAUGAAUGUUUCAUCAACACCCUCUUUCACAUAAAUCUCUGUUUCUAGGGGCCAUCACACUAUGUUAACUGUCUGGUGAACAAAAUGUGACUUACACUUACUUCUGUCAGUAAAUACAUGUUGAUUGGUAUAGCCACAUUGGUACCUUGUUGAACUGCUUUUAUAUAAUCCAAGCUUCCUAUAUACUCUCUUGAAACCAUUUAAACUAUUUCUAUUGAGCUGACACUAAAAAUGGAUAACUAUAUACUUUGUCAGGAAACUGUUUUGAUCUUUAUGAGGUUCGUUGUACUGUAAUUUGAUUAUUCCAGGCUUAUGGUUGAAGUAAAUAGGAAAUAAGUGCUUGGUCAGUAGAUACAAAAUGUGUUUUUAGGGGCCUGUUCAGGCAGUCAGUUCAUAUGGGUUUAAUGCUAUCUUUCAAAUUCAGCUUUCAAGCUGACAAAUCUGAUAUAAACACAAAUAGCUGUUACUGGAAAAUACAAAUAAAAUCACUCAUCAUUUUCUACUCAGAAACAAUGAACAUCACAGUUAUUUUCCUAAUUUCUUUAAGAAGUUUUCUGUGUGGCUGCAAUAGCAGACAAAAGCCCUACUUAUGAUCAUCACUCGUCAAGUUUUAGCUCACCUGACUCCAAGUCAAGUGUGCUUACCGGUAUGUCAUGGCCUGGUUAAUGGCGUCUGUAAACGUCUGGAGCAAUGAAGCUAAAACCACCAAUGAAAACACCUGAAUACAAGAAGUUUGACUUGACCUUUGCCCUUUAACUUUACUGAAAGUCAGUUAAUUUUAGACUAUACACUCAUUUCUCUCACAUUGAAAAUUAAAUGCACUAUAUAUGGGUUGGACUGACUCACUGAGUUUGGUUUUAAGCCGCUUUUAGCAAUAUUCCAGCAAUAUCAUGGCGGGGGACACCAGAAAUGGGCAUAUAUGGGUUGGAAUUUUAUAUGACUAUGAGAACUUUGUUUUUCAAGCUAAACAGGCCAGAGUUGGUACAGUAAUUGGUGCUAAUUGAAUUAGACUGGUCUCCUGUCUAGUUCCAAAGCAUUAGAUACUCACCAUGAAAUUAAUUGUGUGAAGAAAUAUGCAAAAAAAUACCAAAAGAUGCAUUAUUAAUGGAACUGAAAGUAGCAGGAUAGAUUGAUAGUAUGUAUUUUUAUUCAUAAACCUCACCCAGCUGAACAUACCACAUAUGUAGAACAAUAUUGACCUAGGUAUGACAUCUUUAUCAUCAAGCGACUUUCACAUAUGUUCACCUACUCAAGUUGGCAGGAUAUUAGGAAGGAGACUUUUGUUGUUUCAGGGAUUAUAUAUACGUAAUUAUGACAUGUUAGUAAUGAGAAACAUCCUGACAAUGUUCUUCUUGUUAUGUUCUGUUUGUUUUCAUUGUAACCAAACUGGAAAUAGGCAGAAAUGGGGAGAAGUACUCUUAUGAGUUUGUGUCAGUCAUUCAUGCUGGACAGAAACUCAAAUAUAUGUAUAGGGUGUUGAAAGUGCCAAAUCAUUUAAAUACUGGUACAUCAUUUGUUAUUUCCCCCAUUUUUUUAUUCUUUAUUUCGAUAAUCUUUCCAUACUUUUUCGAAAGCUAAUGAGCAUGUGUAUGCAACAAGUAGGGUAAUAGAUCUCUCACAAUAUGACUGACUGACUGAGUUUGGUUUUACGCCGCUUUUAGCAAUAUUCCAGCAACAUCACGGCGGGGGACACCAGAAAUGUACCCAUGUGGGGAUUCGAACCCAGGUCUCCGGCGUGACGAGCCAACGCUUUAACCAUUAGGCUACCCCACCGCCCCCUCACAAUAUGAGAUGAAUAUAUGAGGAAUUCAAGUAUUCAGGCGGGUUUGAAUUAUUGCUGAUGUAAUAGGCGUAACAUAGCUGACACCUGUGUAAUGUGAGUUUAUUAAUAUGACAGAAGUUGCUUCACUAUUCAUGUUUUCCAAAAGAUUCUUAGUGAUUAUGUGUCAUCGACAGCUUUUCAGAAUAAUCUCUGGUGAUUUGAUGAACAGAAACUAACUAUGAUCGCGUAUAUGCUAUUUUAAAAAUGAAUUCUCCAGUAGAUUUUCUAUUUCAAAACAUCCACAAAAUAACACUGUGAUUAGUGAUUUUUGUAAUGCAUUAAAAAUUGCAAGAUUAGUAGUUUUCAGUACUUCUGUCCUCCCUAUGAUGAGUGGAUAACUUCACCGAAGAGGGAAUUUCCCACAAAAAUCAAAAUUGUGCAGAAUCCUAAUGUUUGUGAUGUAUUUGAAUAUUCCUUCCACAUUAAAGUAAGGUUUUAAGAGAAGGGACAUUAUGGGACAAAGGAUUUUACAAUUUAUGCAAAAAAAGUAGCAAACUUCGAAUAACAGGACAUUCGCUGAUUGCAAGGCUGAUAAAGUGCAUAUAGAUAGAUAGAGUAUCUUUAUUUCCUCCAAAAAAAUGAAGAUUGUUACAUGUUACAACAAUAAGUCAAGUUGAAUAUACAGUGAAUCAGUAAACAGUUAAUUGUGCAAAUAUUUUAGAGUGACAGCCAUAAAAUCAGACACUAUUAGCAUAACUUUCUCCCAUUUUGUCAUAUUUAGAUUACCAAGUGUUGUACAAGAUCCACCUUGCAAAUCAGCAAUUAUUACAUCGUCAUCAUUUCCCCAAAAUUCAACAAAAUCAGAUAUUGAUAUAAUAUCACAUAUCCUUUCAAACAUUUCAUUUCUCAAAUCAUUAAGAUCUGUACAGGACAUAAUAACAUGUUUGACAAUGUCAGAAGCUACUGUUCCACAUAUACAUUCUCUGGAUUCAAUCUGUAUACAUCCAACAUGAAUAAUAUGAGAGAUUUUGUCAAAUUUAUGCUUAUUAAUCAAAGCUAGUUCCCACAGCCUGCUUAUACAGUGAGGGUUAAGCUGUAGACUGAACAUGGAGACACAAGAACUACACACCUGUACCCACACAACAUCAGUUGGGAUUAAUAAUGUCUAGUAACAUUAGUUGGGAUUAAUAAUGUCUAGUAACAUCAGUUGGGAUCAAUAAUGUCUAGUAACAUCAGUUGGGAUCAAUAAUGUCUAGUAACAUCAGUUGGGAUCAAUAAUGUCUAGUAACAUCAGCUGGGAUUAAUAAUGUCUAGUAACAUCAGUUGGGAUUAAUAAUGUCUAGUAACAUCAGUUGGGAUUAAUAAUGUCUAGUAACAUCAGCUGGCACCAAUCAUGUCAUAUUGCAAUGGUGUGUUUAUUUCAGAAAAUGAACGAUCAGUAAAGGUACAAAAUUUGAAUUGAUACAAUGCGAAAGAUAAAUGCCUUACUUGUGAUAUCUGUACUGUUUUGACUAUGAAACUACCAGAUAAAUACUUUUUAUGUUUCACGUAAACUUGCUGUAUAAUAUCAACAUCAUCUUUUGAUAAGCGUUGAUGUUUUGAAUUGUUGACUACCUAUCCUUGUGAACUACUGUGCAAUGUUAUGAAAUUUGUUAUGUUCAGCUGGUAUUGGGCCUCUUACUUCCUCUGUGUUAAUCUUGAUAUUAAUUUCACCUGUAUGCUUUUAAAUUGUUACUAGAUGCUUACGUAGCAUCUGAUGACUGAUGACUGAUGACUUUGAGAAUAGGCAUGUGUGUUUCUCAUGAUAGUUUAAUCAAAUCACUACAAUUUUAGUAUUUUUGUUCCUCAGUAUUUAUGCAUUAUUAAUUGAAUAUCAGUGUAAGGGUGGGACCUUAUUGCUUUAAGUAACUCUUUUAACAUUUUAAAGUGUUGUUGACAUAUACAUGAGCUACAGAACUAGGGCACUAUUUCCUUCUGUUGGUUUAUGUAUUUGUAUCCAGGGAGUCUUAUUUCUGCCUCUCAAUGAAGGCAUUUAUGUUGAUUCUUGGAGGCAACAUCUGAGAUUGGCAUUCAUUUUACUGAACUGUUGGAUAUCAUCGGCCUGCACCAGAGACUAUGCAAGCUGGCAUGUGCAUACUUUCAAUACUUUUGAUCAAGUAGAGCCUGUUUAUUGUGAAAUAGGUGUGCCAAAUCCCUAAGCUAACCCCAAUUUGGGCAGAUUUUACAUUCUGUGAGUGACUGGAGAUCUGUUCAAACCUGGGUCUCCAUGGACAGUACUCUCAUAUUUAUCCUGACAAACAUUUUGAUAAACACAUCAUUGUACCCCUGUCCAUGUUCAUCAAGGACCCAAACUCCACCUAUUCAUUCACUUCCAUGUGUACUGUGGUUCAUGUUAUGGAUGUGGGAAUGUCCCUGAUUCAGAUACAACAUAAACAUAAAUGUCUGACAAGCGAAAAAGAUAUUGCAGUGUGAAUUUUGUAAUACAGUACCCUUAACAUUACCUAUGUGUAUGUUCCAUCUGGUUAGUUCUUUAAGAAAAGAUAUUCCUCCUUAUAAAAUAUUGUGUGUACUAUACUUACUUCUAAAUGUUAUUGUGUAAGAUAAGAUUUGUAACUUGUUUCAUAUGGCCAACCAUAAGUAGCUUUAUAUAAUUUUAACCAGUAUUGAUUGGGUGUGAACCAAGAAGUUAUUGGCAGUAUAUUUACCGUCUUCUGGAAUCCACUAAUGGAAAACUGUUAUACAUUAUACAUUGUUAAACAGAGGGUAUGUGUUAAAGUCACUAUGACAGCUCUUGUUUUACAUGCAGUAUGUUAUGUCAGAUUCAUUUGCUCAGCCAAAUGAAGUCUUAUACAGACACUGUUGUCACUGAGUAUUUCUAUGGAAGACACAAGGUUUUGUCAUGUAACACUGCAGUCAGCAUAAAGAAGCUGUAACAAAUAUGUAAUCUCAUGAGCUGUACUGUGUUCCUGAUUUUUGAAAGAUACAGUCGAUUUAAGACUUUCUUUUACACAAGACGCAGUUUUGAACUACCAUGGCAAAUUCACACUUCACUGAAGACGCAUCUAGAGACACCUCCUGUGUGACCAGUUUUGCAUUAAAGCAUGCUUAAUAGUUCCUAAAAGAUAUGAAAUAUAUUUUUCAAAAUAUUGAUGAAAUAUUUAUCUACAAUUUGUUUUAAUAUGAAGUGUUUUUAGUUCACCCAAUUGAAAGUCAAAUGAAUUCAUGUCAAGGCCUCUAUGCAUUUGUGACUAAGAAACAUCUUCACAGAAACCCCUGAACACCAUAUGCUUGCUUGUUCACACAAAUGGGUGAAUCCCCAGUUUGUUCAUGGUCUUUAAAUUUUACUUAGCAUCCAUAUUGAAGGACCUAUUUUUUACUCUUGAUGAGUAACUUUGGUUAAGAAUGUGAUGAAAUUUAAAAGAUGUUUGGUUAGAAGUGGUUAUUAACAUGGCUUUGCUUUUUCUGCAGUUUUUGAAUUUUAACUUUUGCACUUUCAUGAAGUUGCAAAAAUAUCUAAAAAUGUAUUUCCUCAUUAAAUCUGAAUUUAAAUAUUUAUUCGUUUAUGGCUAUUUUUGUAUCAUAAAUCAUAAAAAUGUGUUAUUCUUUUGCUUUUUGUGGAAUUCAUAACAUCUUCCCUUUUUUUAAGCAAUAUUUCAGAAUUAUGACCUUCUUCUGACAAUGCUCUUAAAUUCUCUCAAACUACAUUUGUAGCUGUGUAAACCGUUCUCAGAGUGACAGAUGUAAGAAGUUGAACUUAAGGAUUUAUGUUUCAGCUUAUGACAACAUAAUAUUAGGUUCAGUCAUUAGAUAUUAUCAAUGAGAACCACUUUUAUAUGACUGUCUUCGACGACGUUUGAAGCAGUUAACAACAUAUCCAUGUGAACUGCAGUGCCAAGGCAAUAAUCUUAAUAAACUGAUGAAAAUGUAAGUCCUUAUAUGAUGACUGUGAGAUGUUGUUUUAGCGCAAUCCAAUGCUAAAUAUGAAUGUUUCUUGGUAGAUGGUGCAAGAACUACUGAUCCAACUGAAGUUUUUGGCUUGUUGAUCCUUCAUCACCGAAGAGAUUUGUGCUCUAUUAAAAUUCAUUAACUUCAAUUUUAUAUUUUCAUUCACCCAAAACAGGCAAAGAGCUAGUAAAGAAACAUAUGCUCUCUUUAGUUUAUAACAAAUAUUGCAGUGAUGCAAUUCUUUGCCAUUACCUCAUCAAAAGUAAUUUGAUACCGAAACUCAAUCAUAUGCUGUUUAUGUAUACAGAUUUCACCAUGUACAUAAAUUUGUUACCUGUUUAUGAAAUGUUUUGUACAUUAUUAAGCUGUUAUCAGGAUGAUUAAAAGUUAAAAUAU